UGUCAUUUUUUUUUUUGAGAAUUAUCCCUUUUAUUAAUAUUUUGACAAAACCCCUUAUCUUAUGUGCGACUGAACUGCAAUUACAAUAUCAAAGCAAUUUCUCGUCCGAUGAAAAUGUGCGGCGGAACAUUGCCCGGCCAUUCACCCGCCGCCAUCGUUCCCAGCACUAUUUUUUGCCGCUUCAGAAAAUUCAGAUGCUACGCUUCUUCCGAUCAUGUAUCUUUCAUCAAAGAUGUAGCGGCAACUCAACCUCCAAACAAUUUGAAUGGUCUGCUGAACAUGCUUCAAAUGCGAGGCGAGCAGUUAGUUUCUCCUGGUAGUAAGAAAGGAUUGGUUCCUCUUGUUAUUCCUCUAUCCAAACAGAGCUCAGGUGCUGUAACUGCAUUACUGCGAUGGCCUACUGCUCCACCUGGGAUGGAGAUGCCAGUGGUGGAGGUUUCGAAGUAUGGGGUUUGGCUUUUAGCUAAGAAUGUAGAUCAAUAUAUCCACAGAAUCUUGGUGGAAGAAGAUGCAUGUUUUCAUGAUAACAGUGAUGCCUUUUUUCACGCUUCUGCUGGUGCCGGAGAGAAACUUUAUCAAAAGGGCGAUUUCGCUGCAUCUCAAAUUCCAAGCAUAGAUAUGUACCUUUGGAAGAAGGUUGGGUUAUUUCCGGAUGUAAUAGAGCGCAAAAUUAAGCAGCAUUUUGAUAAGGGGGAUAAUAAGAUUUCAGCUAUGGUGACCGGUGAGUUCUAUACAAGGAAAGAGCAUUUUCCUGGGUUUGGCAGGCCUUUUGUUUUUAAUGCAGAGAUUUUGUUAAAGGUUGGGCGUAGUGUGGAAGCAAAAGACGCUGCUAGGGGUGCUUUAAAAUUACCAUGGUGGACUUUGGGGUGUGAAUACAAGAAAGUGGCAAAUAUGGCUGAAUGGGAAGAUGAACAAAUUGAAUAUGUCAAAGAGAAAGUGACUGAAGAGGGUAGAGAGCAAGAUCUAAAGAAAGGAAAAGAUGCUGCUCAGAUUGCACUGGAUGAAGCUGCAUUCGUGCUGGAUUUAGCUUCUGUGGAAGGGAAUUGGGAUGAUUGGCUCGAACAGAUUGCUAAAUGUUACAAGGAGGCUGGGCUUCAUGAAAUUGCCAAUUUUGUAGUUUACCGCGAAUGAAAUUUUGUACUACGUAGUUCACAGGAACAGUGUCAUUUUUAAGCGGAAAACGACCUACUUUUCUUAUUGUUUCGUUGAACGUGUCCUCCGCUGGUAUUUUAUUUUUGUAGGACAUUGCUAUUUGUAUAUCGCCUGCAUAGUCAACGAAUUACACUUAGUAUUUUUUUACAUAUUUGUUUGGUAAUACCGUAAAACAUUAAUUAAAUUAUUAUAAGUAAUGUUUUUCUUUGA